AUGCUAAUUUUUUUAUUACUCACAAUUGUGCAGAGUUAAGAAUAUAAUAUCUCUGCUGAUUCUGAAAAAAUAAUUGACAGAUUUGAACAAUAUGGCGAAAUAUUUUUCUAGGAGAUGGAAUACAUGGACAAAUCAUUCUAACCUUGCCAUUUCACUAAACAACAGUUAGUGCAAAGUUCAGGCUUAAAUAUAGAUAUUGUUGAAUCUUUUAAUGAAACUUUCUUCGUUCAACAUUAUGAGGAAGGUCAUUUAAGUGGACAAAUAGAUGAAAUCAUAGCAGCUGUCACAAUUAAAAAUGGAUCUAUAGUUUUAACUCGAUAAGGUAAAUUAUAACAUUUACUGAUUACCAAUACAAUCACUUUAGGAAGUUCAAUUCAGAUAAACAUUACAACCACAAAAAAGGUACAUUUACAAUACUUUAGUAAAAAUAGAGUGUUAGUGAUAAUAGCAGAUUAAGAAACUUUAGCUUUCUAACUCUCAAAUAACACGGAUGUCUUUGAAGAUUCACAAAAAUUAAAGUUGUAUGAUAAAUUCAACGUGGAUUAAAUCUCAAGUGUAACUACAGUCAAUGACAUUAUGUUUAUUGCAAUGGGAAAAUUGGGCAUUUCGAUCUAUUAAUUUAAAGAGAAGAAUUUUUAAUCAAUUCCUUGGGUCGUGAAUGGCUAAACAAGUAGUCAAUUGUAAAAUGUGGUGGACAUCAAAGUGUUCUCAUAAAGCCAAGAUCAAAUCUAUACCAUCUAUGUUUUGGAUAAGAAUGUUGGGGUCUAACAAUACAUAUAUAAUUCUGUUACAACCUUGAUCUCUUAGAAUACUAAAUUGGGAACUAUCCCAUUGGCUGGAGAUAUCUUUGAUGUAAAAUAGUCUGUUUUGAUCAUCAUCAGACACCAACCUACAUUUUCAUCUGUAAAUGAGUUAGAAUUAGAUUUAACAAACAACACAUACAGAUAAAUCAAUAAAUAUAAUACUUUUAAGGAUGUGCAAGAUGUAGACAUUCUGAAUAAAUACGUGAUCAUCUUAGGCUAGAAUGGUCAUUAAGUGUAAAGACAUUCCUUACCUCAAAAGUUUAGUAAUCAAUCAUCAAAUUCAAUUAUCAUUCCCAAUCUAUAACAAUUAGAUUACAUUGAUUAUAAAAACAAGACUAUUAUUUUUGGAUUCACAAAGCAUAGAUUCUUCUACUCCUCCAUCAGAGAAGCUCCAAGUUUAAUUGUAUGCUAGGCAAAUUAUACUGAGAUGCUUUCGACAACAUUUGUUUAUAAGCAAAAAUCUACGAAAUGUCCAGAUAAUCUCAAUAUUACGAAGGGGGAGUACUGCUAGAUAUAAAAAACUUACACAAUUAAUUUCAUCCCUCCCACGAGAGGUGGAGGUUAUUAUUACAUUAUAUUAAUUUAUGUGGUUGCAUUUAUCUUAGGUCUUGGGUUUAUGAUGUUAAUCUGUCAGGUGUGCAGAGAAUUCAAGAAAUAUGAAAAUUUUGUCAAAUACAAUGAGAUGGUAGAGAAUGACUCAAUAGAAAUGGAGGGACAUAAUUUGAGUCCUUCUCAGGAUUCUAAAAAAUAAAUGAAAUUUGAGAAAAUAGAGAAUAAAGGAUCUUCAAUGACUCCAGUAGUUUAUGAGGAGAGGGAUGAUUGA